AUGGCAGAUAAUCCGUACGGUCCAGUGACUAUGUCAGAUUCAUCACAUCUAACAGAUGAUGACUGGGAACUAUCACUGCCUCCGAUUAAAUACAGGAGUUACCCAGGAGCAGACAAAAUAAAGUCUCUGUGCAAUGAAUUACGGGAUCGUCACACAACUUUCACACUUGCCACCACAGGAGUGUGUGUACUUUUUCUCAUCACAAUGGUUGUUAUCACUCUUGCAGUCGGCUACAACACUAAGAGGCUGCCUGCUGAUUUCCAGCUAAAAUGGCAUCACAAUUAUCGAGGCUUGGAAUUUUAUCCUGUACCAGAGGAUAAAUCUAUUUUGAUAUACUUUGCACCCAACGACUUCAUCACAUCAGUGUCACAUCCCAUCAGACAGUCUCUGGACAGUGUUCUUGGCAAUUACAGCACAGUACAACAGCUGAAUGAAACUGUGUAUACUAACUGCAAUGCUACAUACAGCCCCAUGGACAAAACAUGCAGAGUGUCUAGAACUAUGUUUGGGGAUAGUUGUACCUCAUCCAGGAACUACGGCUAUGGAGGUGGUCAACCUUGUGUGUUCAUCCAGCUUAAUCUGCCGGAUGGUGUGACCAUCAGACCAAUCACAAAGGAGAGCCCACUGUGGGAAGCUGCCAGAGCUGUAGUGGAAAAUGUGUCAGAUCCCUCAUUUUUGCCAUUUACUUGUGAUGGGACGACUCAAGGUGACAGAGAUAUCCUCACGAGUGUUGACGGCUACGGUCCACAUGGAGAACGGAUCAUGUACUUCCCAAAGCAAGGCCUGAUGUCUUAUAUAUACAGAGAGAGGAAGCCCACCCACCCUUUUCUGAAACCAGGGGUCAUGGUGCAGUUCACAUCCCUUGUAUCCGGGCAUACAGUCCGCAUCACCUGCACAGCUUGGGGUCAACUUUAUGAUGCCGAGAACAGAAUCAUUGACCACACACUCUUGUCCACAUAUUUUGCUUUAUAUGUCAAUCAUGAGUAA